AUGGACCCCGGCAUUCGAAAGGCAGUGAAAAGUUCAGGAAUUCAGGCUCUUCUUGACGAUAUAGAUGGAACAACAGCAAUACAACUUCCAAACAUAUUGGGUAAGCCCUCGUCUAUCCGCGCAAACAGAGGACCUUGGUGCGAGGACAGAACAGAGACAGAAGCUCCUGGGGACGAGAUGAAUCCUGAAGGGUGA